AUGGUUAUGCAUAAAGACGAAUCUGAUGCCACAGUCAGGAAUGAUGCAUUGAAGAGCCACUCUGGAGAAACAGGACCAGCACCUGAUACUGAAGCCAGAUGUAAAACCCUGACUGAAGAGAGAGAUGAUCUGGAGAGGAAGCUGAAAACCUCUGAUACUGAAGCCAGAUGUAAAAACCUGACUGAAGAGAGAGAUGAUCUGGAGAGGAAGCUGAAAACCUCUGUUUCACAGCGCGAUUCCCUGACUGAAGAGAGAGAUGAGUUGAAGAGGAUCAACUCUGAUACUGAAGCCAGAUGUAAAACCCUGACUGAAGAGAGAGAUGAUCUGGAGAGGAAGCUGAAAACCUUUGGAUGGGUGUAUUUCAGCGAUAGUGUCUAUUACAUUUCUUCUACCAAGAAAACCUGGCAAGACAGUAGAAAUGACUGUCUUCAGAAAGGUGCAGACCUGAUGAUUAUCAACAGCAAAGAAGAACAGGAUUUCACGAGACAGUUGAAGGAUUUUAUGUGGAUUGGACUCACUGACAGAGAGACAGAGGGAACAUGGAAAUGGCUACUGGGCGAGUGA